CAAAAGGCCCAGGAGCGGAGGCAGCCGCUUCUUCCAGCAGAGCCGACUCACCUCCCGGAACCGGAGUCGGCAAAGAAGUCAAGAUGGCCAAGGUCCCCGACCUCUUUGAAGACCUGAAGAACUGUUACAGUGAAAAUGAAGAAUACAGUUGCGAAAUUGACCAGCUCGCUCUGAAUCAGAAAUCCUUCUACGACGCAAGCUAUGACACACUUCAUGAGGACUGCAUGGGUAAAUUUACAUCUCUGAGUACCAAGGAGACCUCUAAGACUUCCCAGUUUACCUUCAAGGAGAGCGUGGUGGUGGUGGCAGGCAAUGGGAAAGUUCUGAAGAAGAGACGGCUGAGUUUCAACAAGGUCCCCACUGAUGACGAGCUGGAAGCUGUUGCCAAUGACCCAGAAGAAGAAAUCAUCCAGCCCAGAUUGGCAGCUCACAGCUCCCAGAGCAACAUGAAGUACAGCUUCCAAAGGGUUGUCAAACAGUACUGCAUCCUGAAUGACACCCUCCAUCAAACUAUCAUUCGAGACACGUCGGGUCCAUAUCUCAUGGCAGCCGCAUUGCAUGACAUGGACCAAGCAGUGAAAUUUGACAUGGGUGCUUAUACAUCAAAUGACGAGUCUAAAUUUCCUGUGACUCUAAGAAUCUCAAAAACGCGACUGUUUUUGAGUGCCCAAAAUGAAGACGAACCCGUAUUGCUAAAGGAGAUGCCUGAGACACCCAAAGUCAUCAGAGAUGAGACCAACCUCCUCUUCUUCUGGGAAAGUCAUGGCACUAAAAACUACUUCAAGUCGGUCACCCACCCAAUGUUAUUUAUUGCCACAAAGCAAGAACGCCCGGUGCACAUGGCAAGGGGGCAACCGUCCAUCACUGACUUUGAGAUAAUCGGAAAACAGCCUUGACUUAAGUCUGCUUACUUGUGAAGUGCUGACAGUCGUAUGUACCAUGUACACGAAGGAGUCAAAUCCUUCAUUUAGUCACUUGCUGAGCAUGUACUGAGUCUUUGUAAUUCUAAAAGAAUGUUUAUUCUCUUUGUAAAGAGGGAGCAAGGUCCAAUGAACCAACACUAACUUAUAAGGUUGCUUGUUAUUUAAGGAACACCCUGUACUUUGCAAAGUACCAAUCAUUUUAAUUAUCCUUCAUAACCAUCUUGGGAGGACCAGGGCUACAACUAUCAAACGGCCUAACCCACAUCACAAUGGGUUAACUAAGGCUUCAGAGAACUAACCAGUCCCCACAAUAGCAACUGGAUUGAGAAGCCAGAUCCAGCGGCUUUCCUUCUGCUUUUAAUGAUGGACCCUUAAUCAAGCACCGUUAAGUUUCUGGGACCCCAGUUUGAUCUUCCUCAAAAUGGAGGCCAUGAUAUUUGUGCCCUUUCUGCCUCAUCAGUAUUUUAUGACAAUCAGUGAGAUCACUUUAGUAAAAUGUUUCUUGAAGCUGAGCCUCAAGAAGGCAAAGCAUGAAAUGUUAUUAUUUAUAUAUACAUAUAUAUUUAAGGUAAUUAUAUUAUUAUAUUUAUGGCAAUUUCUUGCAAUCUCUGAGUGUGACCAGGUAUCCUCUUCAACAGUGUUUUCCAGGCUGAGUUUGAUGUAUUCACACUAAGGCACUUUGGUCAAAGUUGUGCUUUUUCCAUUGCCAUGAAGCUUUGUUUUCUGGUACCUGGGAU